CUGGAGCCAGCCCCCCGACCUCCCGUUUCACUGACGCCCAGAGAAGUGGCACAAGGGGGCACCUGCAGUCGGGUUUCCCUUGACCGCACAACUUGGACUCUGAUCACAGGGAGACGAGGAAGCGACCCCCGAGAAACACCGGCGACCUGCGCGCCCAGGGAAGGCCAGAGACGAGCCUGGAGUCCAGCGGGGCCUGGGCGGUGUGCACCCCGGCCCUAAGCGCCCUCCCUUCGAGACUGGAGGCCGGCGACACGUAGCGGAUGGGACACGCUGGACUGGGAGCCGAAGACUUGUCCUUUUCUCCCCACAUUUCCCUCCCCUCGCCCCACCCCUACGACUGGGCAGAGGCGGCCAGCUCUGGCCCGGGAUUUUUUAAAACAGUCUUCCCUCGUUCCAGCCAUCCCGCACCUCCCAGUUGCGGGAGGCGGGGCUGGGUGGCGGCAGCCGGGAGGCGGACGCGGACUAGUGGCCAACCGCGACGUCCCUAGCGCGAACUCGGACACGGUCAGCGGACUGACCGCUCUCGCGCCCCGUAGCCGCGCGCGGGCGCCGAACCGCAGCUGGACGGAGCGCCGCGGCAGAUAAAACCCUUUGCGUGAGCGCCUGGGACGCCUGCCCGGGUGAGUCGGGGGCUCCAGGGAGCCGCGGCGGUGCGCGCGCCGGCUGCCGAGGGGCUGCGGCCGUCACUAUCCUAGGUCGGAGUUGAUGGCUGGGCCCAUCUCCGGUCAGCCCGCCCGGUGUGGUGCGGGGCUCCCGUCGCAGGCCGGCGAUCUGGGGUGGCUUCCUCCCCCGCCGCUUAAAUGACAGGGUCUUAAAUUUAGUGACAGACCCCGCGGGUCCCCGGGUUCGCUCUGAACGCGCCCUGUGAGAAGCCGAGUUGCUGGACUGCCUGUUAAACUUGAGGAAACGCAGGUUUUCCGAAAGGCGCCGAUGCUCCUAGAAAGGUAACACUAGCUCCCUGCGCGGCGCCCGGCGUUGCUGACACUCGGGGAGCGACGGGCUCCGGAAGCCUCGGGGCUGGGCACGGAGUGGCCCUGGCUUCUCUGCGUCCUAGUUUGUCUCCCGUGUGGUUGAAGACAGGCCUGCGCUAAACCAGGAGGAUUGCAGUUUUCUCACCCGGGACCGAGUGCCGGCUGCCUCUGCGCAUGCUCUAUGCGGCGUGGGAGCCGCGGGCGGAAGUCAGGCGGAAGUCAGCAGGCGAGCUGGAGUUUCGUUUCUCUUCUAGCUGUUAGGUCAUCGUCUUCUCUGGCACUGUGAACCGUACCCACGGAUCCUUUUUUUAACAUUAUAUUUGAGCUUCGGCAUCAGGGCAGCUGCCUGAGUUUCAAUCUGGGAAGCCUUUCAAUGAAACUUGCUUAAAGUCUGAGAUCAUACACAGCAGGGAGACCCCCGUCAGCAGCACAGUGGAAAAGAAGGAUGUUGUCCUUAAACAACCUGCAGAAUGUCAUCACUAACCCGGUAAUCCCCUAUGUUGGGACCAUUUCUGAGCAGUUGGAGCCUGGAACUUUGAUUGUAAUACGUGGGCAUGUUCCUGGUGAUUCAGACAGAUUCCAGGUGGACUUCCAGAGCGGCAGCAGUGUGAAACCCCGAGCUGAUGUGGUCUUCCACUUCAAUCCACGUUUCAAAAGGUCCAACUGCAUCGUGUGCAAUACUCUGAAAAACGAGAAGUGGGGGAGGGAAGAGAUCACCUACGACAUGCCUUUCACAAAAGAAAAGUCUUUCGAAAUUGUGAUUAUGGUGCUGAAAGACAAAUUCCAGGUGGCUGUAAAUGGAAAACACACACUGCUCUAUGCCCACAGGAUUAGCCCAGAGAAGAUAGACACUCUGGGCAUUUACGGCGCAGUGAACAUUCACUCAGUGGGCUUCAGCUUCAGCUCGGUGAGUGCCCUUCCCUCCUUCCAUAGGGGGGGGCCCUCUUCGGUGAUUUCCGGUGAAAUGGGAGAUUUAAGAAGUAGCCCAGCACCAACUCUGGAACUGACAGAGAUACGUCCAGAAAAUGUACAAAAUGCUGGCAUGUCACAAUUUACUCUGCCAUUCGUGGCGAGGUUGAACUCCUCCAUGGGCCCUGGGCGGACUGUCGUCAUUAAAGGAGAAGUGAAUGCAAAAGCCAAAAGCUUCAAUGUUGAUCUAAUAUCAGGAAAAUCAAAGGAUAUUGCUCUCCACUUGAACCCACGCCUGAAUAUUAAAGCUUUUGUAAGAAAUUCUUUUCUUCAAGAGUCCUGGGGAGAGGAAGAGAGAAAUAUUACCUGUUUUCCCUUUAGUACUGGGAUGUACUUUGAGAUGAUCAUUUAUUGUGAUGUUAAAGAAUUCAAGGUCGCGGUAAAUGGCGUUCACUGCCUGGAGUACAAACACAGAUUUAAAGAGCUUAGCAAUAUCGACACGCUGGAAAUUGAUGGCGAUAUCCACUUGCUGGAAGUAAGGAGCUGGUAGCUGGCAUGACUGCAACAAAAACUAAAAUACAGAAUGGCUGAUAUGACACUGGCCUUGUAAAAUGCAUCGCACGAUCAUAUUGUCUAUAUAUCGUAAAAAUGAGCCCAUACAACGUUAGUCCCGCUGGGUGUUCUCAGUCAUGCAUUUGGGGCUUUGUCUAGCACAGGAGGAGGGUAUUCCAGGCAACAGCACCUGACCCAUUACUCAGGCCUUGCUGCUCUCUUCCCCACCCAGUCUCUCAGUUAUAACCCACUUCACAUUCAGGAAGUACUUGUGAGGUGCCUACUCUACUACAGUAGCUAACACACACUGAGCACUUUGUCAGCACUGCACUGGGCGCUGGGGAUGUACAUACAGUGGUGCCCAAAACCAUGUUCCCCAUACCCUUGAGCUUGGAAUCUUCUGUGCUCUGCUGUCGUGCCACUGUUUCUUCAGCAGGCUAGCAUAACCUCACCAGGGACUUGGAAUUACUCAGCUACUAAUUCACCUAAAGACUAAUUUAUAGAGGACACCACUCCUGUCCUGGUGGCCACAUUAUUAAGGAGGCUUCUUUCCUGUCCCCAUAGAUGGGGAGUUGAUACUAAUAUCUGGCAGUUUCCUUUAGCACAAUAAACAUCUAGCUCUGCUAGCUGUAAGCAUUACCAAAGAAUGAACACUGAAAUCUGAACACAGUGCAAAGAUUAAUGCAAAAAAACCCCCCCAAAAAACCCAACAACAACAAAAACAAGCAAAACCAACAAAAACAAAUGGUGCAAAUGGUGUUGAAAUUAACUUGAUGUGACUCACAAGGCCAUUGACUUCUGUACCAGUGAGUGAGUAUUUUCGAAUGUAUGAAUUUAGGGUGUCCAAGGUCUGCACAUACCUCUAUAGAGAGUUUAAGGUAGAAACGAGGAAUUCAAUUUGCAAAUGUUUAUGGGUAACAAAGCAAAGUCAAGCGUUGAUUUAAUGAGUACUUACGAAAUAGGCACUAUCAGAAAGUAAAAUAUACCAACCGAGACCAAAGUAGAGAGAGGCAACAUAAACACCUGUUGGUUCUCCACAUGCGAAGCAGCACUGCCUCUCCCCUGUUCUAAAGAUCAGUCCACGGUCAUUAGUCUGAGAUCAAAACAUUGUUCUACUUUAAGUGAUUAAAAUCAAACUUGUAUCAGCAAGCUAAA